AGCUCAGUGCACUGUACAUACCUCUGGUCCUCCAUCUGCACCCCUGGAAUAAACCUGUGAGUUUUUUUGAAUGGUACAAGUUUUUGUAAACGUUUGCGUGAAGCAAGAAGAGGAAUGAUGGCAUCUACAAAACAAAAGAUGAGCAAGAACAAGGAUGAUAUUCCCCAUGAGUUAGAGAGCCAGUUUGUAUUGCGACUGCCUCCAGAAUAUGCUGCUAUCGUGCGGAGAGCAGUUCAAUCUGGAAGUGUCAACCUGAAGGACAGGCUCAACAUUGAAUUACAUGCCGACGGUCGGCAUGGGAUUGUCCGAGUUGACCGUGUUCCAUUAGCUGCCAAGUUGGUGGACUUACCCUGCAUCCUUGAGAGUUUAAAAACCAUUGAUAAAAAAACUUUCUAUAAGACUGCAGAUAUUUGUCAGAUGCUUGUAUGCACUGUGGAUGGGGAACUCUAUCCUGCCAUGGAAGAGCCAGCUGUGGGUACUGAUGCGAAAGCUAAUAAGAAGAAGGACAAGGAUCGAGAGAAGAAGUUCAUCUGGAAUCAUGGCAUAACUCUCCCACUGAAGAAUGUGAGGAAGAGGAGGUUCAGGAAAACAGCUAAGAAGAAGUAUAUCGAGUCUCCAGAUGUUGAAAAGGAAGUGAAACGCCUGCUGAGCACAGAUGCUGAAGCUGUCAGUGUCCGCUGGGAAGUUAUUGCUGAAGAUGAAACGAAAGAAGCGGACAACCACGGUUCACUCACGGGUCUGGAUAUUUCUUCUCCAAGGAUGUCUGGGCACAAGCAAGGUCACGGCUCGUUAGAACAUGAUGAACUCCGGGAACUGUUCAAGGACAUCAGCAGCACCAGCAGUGAUGAUGAUGAGAGGGAUCGUCAUGAUGAUGAAGACCUGAACAUCAUGGACACAGAGGAAGACCUGGAUAGGAGGCUGCAGGGCAAGCUGAAUGAAUCAGAUGGACCACAGCAAGAGAAUGAAGGGGCCAAUCAGAUAGCGAUGGGAAUCCAGAAGCAGAUCGACAACCUGAAAGGAAAACUGCAGGAGACCCAGGAGCGCAGGAAGCGCCAAGAAGAUCUCAUCAUGAAAGUAGAAAACCUGGCACUCAAGACUCGACUCCAGGCUGUCCUGGAUGAGUUCAAACAGCAGGAGGAGCGAGAGAAACAACAGUUGGCCUCCCUCCAAGAACAGCUGGAAACCCUUAUGGAGAAGUGACCGUCUGCCUCUGAUGAACCUGCAGGCAGCACAGCUGUCAUGUCAACUGGGAGUCUUCUGGAACAUUCCUUUUGUGCCCUGGACCUUUAAUUCAUUGAUAACACUCGUUGGGUGCUGAGAUUUGCAAACAGGUCUCUUACCAGGCAUUUCAUCUUGUCUAAAAGACUUGUGUCUUGCAAGUAACAGACCCAAUGUGCACACGUACGAAAAAAACAAAGGUUCCCCAGAGCACAUCCACAACAUCUGUUUUCCUUUUCGAGGGCAAACGUGUCUCUGUGACAGUCUUGGUCCCUUCAUCUUAUUGCUUCAUUACAAGCCUGUAUGCAACACUGUUGGGUUCCUCCCUCCCCCCACCCACCCAGUUGGGUGGGUUCUGCUGUGAAAUUUGCCUAGAAAAGUUCCACCGUGUCCAAAGGCCACAUCUUCCUGUCAUCUGUCUGCCAAAGGGUUGACAUGCAAAUCUUUGGCGCACCAGAUGUUUUGAACGAACACCCACAGUCCUUUAUCAUUAGCCAUGCUGGGCACGGCAGAUGGGAACUGUAGGCCAAAAUAGUUUGAAAUACUUAACACCUGAACUUUUGUUUGUGUAAAGGAAGAGGAGUCAGUUCCCUGUCCUAAGUUGUUUUUACAUAUUGACAUACUUUAGUUCUGUUGUUGGCUUGUCUGAGAGGUUCCUUUUAAAGAAAUAAAGCAUAUAAUUACUUGA